ACAUCAACGACUUCUUUGCCUUCCACUCUUCUGUCUUUCCUUUCCCUCUCCCCUUUCAUUAGACUAGUCUUUGCUGUCAAGAUCCUCUUUUAUCAUGUCGUCACACGACAGCGUCUCGGAUGAGUUGGUGGACGAGGUGAAGGUUGAUCCUGAAAAGGUCGGCUACAAAGAUCAUCCCCAUCACCAACACCGCCAUGAGCACUUCCACAGUGCCUCUGUUGAGGCCGAAAAGGUGCUCGGACAAGGUGGAGGCGACGCCGUCUACUUCGAAUCCGGCGGUUUAUUCAAACGGGCCGGCCGCGGACCAACAUUCGACAAUGAGAAUAUGUCGUCGAGAUACGUCAAGCCCAUUGAGACCUUCGAAGGCCUGCACCGCUGGGACCCGGACUUCGAGUGGGAGCCCAAAGAAGAGCAACGUCUGGUUCGAAAGAUCAAUUGGCGCAUCUGUCUCUGGGUCUGCAUCGCCUUCUUCUCCCUGCAAUUGGACCGCGGCAACAUCUCGCAAGCGCUGAGCGACAAUCUGUUGAAGGACUUGGGCCUUUCCACCAACCAAUACAACACUGGCCAGUCGAUUUUCUACGUAUGCUUUUUGUUUGCUGAGCUGCCUUCUCAGUUGAUCUCCAAGAAAGUUGGCCCGGACAAUUGGAUUCCCAUACAGAUGGUUUCUUGGUCCCUCGUGGCCAGCUGUCAAGCAUUCAUGCAGAACGCCGGCGGAUUCUACGCCUGCCGAGCAUUCCUUGGUCUUAUCGAAGGCGGUUUCAUCCCCGACAACAUUCUCUACUUGAGUUAUUGGUACACCGGCGCCGAGCUGCCCAUCCGUCUCGCGUUUUUCUGGGUAUCCUACCAAGCCACUUCCAUCGUCUCCGCUUUCCUCGCCUACGGCAUCCUCCAUCUCCGGGGAUACGACGGCCUGGAAGGCUGGCGAUGGCUUUUCGCGCUCGAGGGCACACUCACCGGCGUCAUUGGCAUCAUCACCUACUUCUACCUGCCGCCAUCGCCUUACCAGACAGCAUCGCGCUUCCGAGGGAAGAAUGGCUGGUUUUCAGAGCGCGAAGAGAAGAUCAUGGCGAAUCGUAUCCUGCGGGAUGAUCCGAGCAAGGGAACUAUGCACAACCGUCAAGGCUUGUCGCUGAAGAUGCUCUGGGAGUGUCUCAAGGACUACCACAUGUGGCCCAUCUACCUCCUCGGCUUGUCUUGGCUACUUCCCACGGUCCCCAUGCAGCAGUACAUCACGCUCAACCUGCGAGCCGUGGGCUUUGGAACCUUCGAGACCAACUUGCUCACUAUACCGGCCUACGUGAUUUUCAUCAUCGGGCUUAUCGUCUUCUGCUUUGCAACGGAGUACUUCAACGAGCGCUUCUUGAUCUCUUCUUUGAGUCAAGUGUGGAGCUUGCCUUUGCUUAUCGCUCUCGAAACGCUUCCGCCCAGUCGUUCGCCGUGGGUUACUUGGAUCCUGACUGUGCUCGUCUUUGCCCAACCUUACGUCCAUCCGGUCAUUGUGGCCAUCACGAGUCGAAACGCCGGCAGCGUGCGAACACGGACCGUCGCCUCUGCUCUGUAUAACAUGAUGGUGCAAGCGUCGAACAUCUACGGCGCGCAGAUCUACCGCACGGACGAUGCUCCGUUGUACUACACCGGCAACAAAGUCUUGAUUGGCAUUUGCUGCUACAACUUCUGCUUGUUCAUCUUCACCAAAUGGUUCUACAUUCAUGUGAAUCGCAAACGGGAGCGCAAGUGGGGUGCUAUGAGUGUGGAGGAGAAGCAGCACUACCUCGACACCACCACGGAUCAGGGCAACAAGCGGCUCGAUUUCCGCUUUUCUCACUGAUUUGCUCCGAUGAGUGAGAAGUAGAAGACCUGGCCUUGUUUGACACCAUGGGCGGCGCCAUUGAGGGAUAGAAAGCAUUACACUGGCGAAUAGAGAUGGGCACAAGA